AUGGAAGCUAUUGAUGGAGAUACUGGUCGAUUAUUCUUCAUAGAUGGCCCUGGUGGGACCGGUAAGACCUAUUUAUAUCGUGCUAUACUUGCAACUAUUAAGCUUAGAGGACAAUUUGGUCUUGCAGUAGCUAGCUCAGGUAUCGCUGCCACACUAUUGCAUAGAGGAAAAACUGCUCAUAAAACUUUUGGAAUUCCGGUAACACUACAUGCUUCAUCGACAUGGAAGUUCAGCAAACAGGAUAUUGAAGCACAAUUAGUUAAGCAUGCCGCUGUUAUAAUAUGGGAUGAAGAAACAAUGACUCAUAGACAUGCAUAUGAGGUCGUUGAUCGUAGUAUAAGAGAUUUAAUGGGGGUUGACAGUCCGUUUGGUGGUAAGGUCGUAGUUUUUGGUGGAGAUUUUAGACAAAUCCUUCCCGUUGUACCUAAAGGAACAAAAGCGCAAACCAUAGAUGCAUGUUUGGUGAGGUCAACACUAUGGAGACAUGUUCAACUACUUCGCCUCAAUCAGAAUAUGAGAUCCAGAAAUGAUGAAGAGUUUGCAGAAUUUCUUUUAAGAGUUGGUGAUGGAUGUGAGCCUAUAGUUGAUGAAAACAUGAUAAAGUUACCAACUUCAUUGUGUGUAACAGAUGGAAAUCAUAACUCAAUUGAUAUCUUAGUUCACGAGAUAUUCCCAAACUUAACUGAGCAUGUUGGUGAUGUGACUUACAUGGUAGAGAGAGCUAUAAUAACUCCAACAAAUGAUGAAGCUAACAUGUUGAAUGAAAAGAUACUCAACGAAUUUGUGGGGGAAGAAAAAUUUUACUACUCCUUUGACUCAGUGUCAGAAGAUCGCCAAAAUCUCUAUCAGCCAGAAUUCUUAAAUUCAUUGUCAUUUGGCGGCCUACCACCGCAUCUUCUGAGAUUAAAAGUUGGUUCACCGAUCAUGCUAUUGAGGAAUAUUGAUGCAAGUAAUGGAUUGUGCAAUGGGACAAGAUUAAUCUGUUGCCGGUUAAUGGAUCAUGUGAUUGAGGCUGAAAUCUUGACCGGACACUGUAAAGGGACACGGGUAUUCAUUCCACGCAUUCCUUUGAAAACAGCUGAAGAUGUAAAGUUGCCAUUUGAAAUGACUCGAAAACAGUUUCCUGUGAAAUUGUGCUAUGCUUUGACUAUUAACAAAUCUCAAGGGCAAACCAUUCCUCAUGUUGGUAUUUAUCUUCCACAACAUGUUUUUAGUCAUGGUCAGUUGUAUGUUGCACUAUCGAGAGGGACUUCCCGACAAACAACCAAAAUUUUGGUUAGCAAAGGUGAUAUUCGAGGAAGAAAUGGUGUAUUCACAAAAAACGUUGUUUACAAAGAAGUUCUCUUGCCUCGAAUUUCUUAA